GUUGAGAUUCUCUACACACGUGAACCGGAAACGGAUUAUUUGGAUGCGGCGCACAUAACCGUGAUGCAAAUUCAUUUGACCGAACCACCGGGCGAUGUUUUGGUCUUUUUGACUGGUCAGGAGGAAAUCGAUACAUCCUGCGAAGUGUUAUAUGAACGUAUGAAAUCACUGGGACCGAAUGUACCUCAGCUGAUCAUCCUGCCUGUUUAUGGUGCGUUACCGAGUGAAAUGCAGACGAGAAUAUUCGAGCCGGCACCUCUAGGAAGCCGAAAG